AUGGUGAAGGCCAGCGUUUCUCUCGGCCAUCCAACCUUUGCUUACGUCCGCCCAUUGCUCAAACCGAAUAUCAACUCCAACGCCAACCCUCCAAAGCUAGGUCUCCUCAAAGAAUACGAGGCUUUGGGAGUCACCAUUAUCCAUGGUGAAUUGGAUGAGUACGGGAAGCUUGUAGCAGCGCUUUGUCAUGUGGAUGUUGUCAUUUCUACGUUGGCUGUUCCUCAACACCUUGAUCAACUGAAGAUAAUCCAAGCCAUGAAGGAUGCUGGAAAUAUAAAGAGAUUUGUUCCGUCAGAAUGUAGCGGGUAUGCUGAUGGAGUCAAGGGGUAUCGCCUGUGGGAUCCCACUGCCCGCAAGGUGCUAAUUAGCAUGGAUGUUGUAUUUGUAGAAGAUAAGAGCACGAAGAACAAGAACAAGCUGAGUGUGCAAUUCCACAAGUUCAACUGUCAACUUGGGAGAGAAGAAAACCAACUUGGCACUCAGAGUACAUCAUGGAGGGAAAUGUCGCAUACUGUCUACUAA